GGUGAAGUUAAAUGAACUUUGGACCUGACGCAUUCAGAUUCCAAUGGACGUUGUUUAGUUGUGAAGAAAAUGCCUCGCAAACGUGUCAAAUACAAGCGGAAAUCGAAGGAUAAAAAGGGGGACAAAUCUAAAAUUGUACCUAGUAAGGCCGAUCAACCACCUGCGGAAGUAAUCAAGGCUCAGCAUCAGUCGCAUGUGCUGGAUCAGUCACUGAAGUCCGUCAACAAGAAAGAAAAGUCCGCCAAACAAGUGCACAUCGCUUUUCUGCAAGAGAAAUACGAGCCGCUGGUAGAAGAGGAUAUAUCUGACCAACCACGAGAUGACAAUAGCAAGAAAAAACAAGACAAGUACAAAAAGUUCAGAAAAAAUGUGCGAAAAGCUUUUCGUUACAGCUGGAAGUGUCUAGUGGUUGGACUGCAGAAUUUGAGCACAGCCUAUUCAAUGCCUUUAGGUGUCUCUGUCGUGCCAGAAGUUCACAGAGCCAGAGCUCAUGUCUAACGUGUCUCCAGACGGCGUGUUACAUCAGGAAGAGUGCAAUUGCCCAUCACUGGAUUUUAACAGCCACUCAAUGAUAUGCAACUCUUAAUUUACACGUGAACUGGAUGUAUGUUUAUUUAUGUGUCAUUUUCUGAAAUGAGAAUAACAGAUAAGAGACUAAAUUUGAGCUAAAUUGUGCUUUUAACAAGUUAAAGAUGCUGUGAUGGAGUACCAAUAUGAGUGCACACAUUCUUAUGAUAUUUCCCAGCACUGGAUUGCAGGUGGAAGGGCAUCCUCUGUGUAAAACAUAUGGUGGAUAAGUGAGCAGGUCAUUCCACUGUGGUGACCCUUGAUAAAUAAUGGACUAAGCCAAAUGAAAAUUAACAGAUUAAUUAUAAAAUAAUUACAAAAUAAACAGAGAAAUUCUGGAUGUUUAAUAGGAAGGGUUAAGUAGAAUUGUGGUUUUGUGGGUGUUUAUUAAACUGAGUGUGUGUUUUCAAAUGUAGUCACUCGAUUAAAUGACAGACCAAGACAGGAAACAGAUAUAAGGAGCUAAAGAGACAGAAUUAAUGUUAUGUAGUAUUUUUGUUAUGUAGUAUUGUUUCUUAACAUCCAAAUAUUCAUAAUUGUUCUGAAUGUUGUAAAUGCAUUGAAUAAGCAUAUAUGUGCUUCAAAAGUAUGAUAUACAUGAUUCUGCAUGUUUUUAUUUUGUAAUUAUACUUGUGAAGAAAUUGUUUUAUUUAACAUGAUGUGCACUUUUUACAUACACAAAGUGUAGCUUUAAUAUGAGUAUUCAGAAUGUUGUGCAAAUGAGAUGAACGAUUAAAUUGGACAUGGAAUGCUUGACAAAAUA